UGCCUCAUGCCAUGGAUACUGUUGACUACUAGUACUAGUUUUUGUAGUACUUGCCCCAUGCAUGCAGCUGUACAGCUGUACAGCCAGUGGCAGUGUGGGUCACGGCGUGGGCACGGCCAGACCUCACCCUCACUCAGGAUGUAUCGGCUGGAAACUCUAGCUCUGGAGUCUGGUUUGCACUCUCCCGUCUACCAUGGUCUAGUCAUCCAGUGGUUUUGCCGAUAGCCUCAGAUAGGUGUUGAUUACGUUGAUGUGGAUCACAUCCAGUAACAAGAUAAUUAAUUACAAGCGCACCGGGCGCGCGUCUCAGUUCACUUGCAGGACCUUAGCAGUUUAUGGCCGCGGUGCUGCUCUGGACAUUUGGUGCAGCUUGCAAGACCAGUAGGAACAGUUCAACUGCGUAACAAGAAAGGAGAAAGGAGAAGACUCGGGAGUCGGGUAGUUGUCCGUUACGUAUGAUAAACAGUUCUGCAGUGUUGGGAGCUGGAACCGGUUACCUUGUGCGGCGAUAUGUGACUUGCUCGUACAGUUCGACCUUGCAGCCAACGCAUGCAUGCGACACAUGCAUGCUAAUGAAAGAAGAAUUCAGCAGCAGUGUACUGUCUGUAGUAGUGUAAUCGGAUUGAGGUGAUUCUGCGGGACACGUAGUGAGGUGUAUCGCCCCGAUCAAACCCUGGCAUACACUGGUUGCUGAGUUACAUCAAGGACAAGGGCUCUCGCUAGCGCUCACCAAGUAUCAACGCCAAGGUAGUUGAAGUCUGAACACGAAACUCAAACUACGAGUCUAGCGUGUAUCCAAGCCGGCAGGCCGUGACGUCAUCAUGGAUGCAGUGAUGACAAUGCUGCCGGCAGAGAAGAUGGUGAAGAAGGACUGGGAGAGCCUGGAGAACGGAGAUCACCUGCUGGUGCGCAAGGAUGCUGGCUUCGCCGGUCUGGGGACGUUCUGGCAUCAUGGUCUCUAUUCCAAGAAACUGAACAAAGUCAUAUCAUUCUCCUGGAGACCAGCACCGGUACGCCCACCGGCAGACAGCAUGGAAGAGGAGAUGUUUAUGGAGGAGGUCCUAGGGGACGAUGAUUCCCCCCGUGACGAGUCACUCUACACGUGGCUCAGGGAAAAGUACAUGCAGGUUAGGGACACUAUACACAAUGCAGUCAUGGCCUUGGUUAAUAUGGCUGGGACGUACUUGCUCCGCUGGGAGGGCAGAGUCGUCAGCGAGGAUCCAGACACGUUUGAGGACGCGGAGUCCGAGAACGGAAGCGAGUUCCUGGCCAUGCCCUACGGGGCAGGGUGCAUCAAAGUGGACGGAGUGGAAGACUCGCCCUAUCAAGAAGAGCUGACAGACAAAGACAAGGUGGCACGGAUUGCCGAAUGGUUCGCCGGCGAUGGUGACAGGGAUGUGGCGUGGAAGCGACAGUACGCGUUCGGUGCCUACCACCUUCCCACGUGGAACUGCGAAAUCUUUGUCAGCUUCUGCAACACCACGCAGCUAUUGCCGCAGGACCUGACGGCCGAAUUCGAGAAGGGCGGCGGCCAGCCGUUCGAGCAGAGCUUUCUGCGCGAGAACGCUAGCCUGCGUUCGGUGCAGAGCGAAGGUCUGACCGUCAAAAGCAUCUUCUAAAGUUAGCCAGAUGGACUCGGGGACGUAUCUGGUUCCCCUUCGAGGGGGGGGGGGGGGGCACGGCCGAAUGAUGUGUAGGAUGGCUGGUGGCUGGUGGCUGGUGGCUGGUGGCUGGUGGCUGGUGCAUGUCAUUCACAGUCAUUAUGACUACCUGUACAUGUACAUAC